CUGAGCAGGCUUUUAGCCUUUCUGCAGGCCGCCUGUGACUGGCAAUUAAUGCCCAGUUUUACUUGACACAAGAUGCGUAUCUCAACGGCUCCUUACUUUUCUGCCAUUGACAGUCGCUUUAUGUCAGGCGUCUUCUAGCUACUUUUCGGGCCCCGAGUCGGUCAAGGACCGCCUGUUGACCCGGUCUUUCUGAUUGGAUCAGGCUCUCUUAUUGGGCUUAUUCGCUAAGAGGACCUAUUAGGCCUGAGGCCCAAGUACGCUCAACUACGCGGCCCAACAUAAUCCCUUCCAUAUUUGUAGGGAGGGAUAGAGAACCAUGAUAAAUAAACAAAACCGAAAGAAACAAGGAGAUCGAAAUCGAAAUGAAUAAGGAAUAUACGCCUCCUCAAGCACAAGCAUGGAGGCCGAACUUGCCAAGUUGUGACAGUAGAUGGUGAUAGUGCUCGAUCCCAAGCCCCUUGGUGAAAAGGUUAGCAGACGGAUAUGUUUUAGCGAUCUUGUGAUGACUGGGGAGGAAUAUCAAGUGACUGGAAGAAAAAAAAACUAAUAAAUAGGGUCAAUUUUUCUCUUAUUACCAAUUUUAAAGUUCGAGUGACAUUAACGAGAUGAAAUGAUUCAUAACAGUUUCUCGAGUCUCAAUCGACUCCAAAUGGAGAUAAACAAAUCAGAUAUAAAUGUUGGUGAAUUAGUUCAUAUAACAAAUUAGUUGAUGCAAUGUAUUAAGUACUAGUUAGCUACAUACUAUUACUAUUGAGGUUCUCCAAUGGCCAGGUCUGCAGGCACCGUCGGAACUCGCCUAUGGCUGACCUCACUUUUUUGUUCGUCCUUUCCGUUUCCAAGACCUGUCCCCUAAACCCCAUUUAUGACCGUUGUUAUUGCUUCACUUCUCACCCAAAAUUCGUGUCUCCGCUCGCCGGAAUCCCGGGGAACUCACUCGGCGCCGAAAGAAAGUCAGCUAACAUGACGCACCACUACCAUUCCAAGCAAUCCCCCCUAAAUUAACCACUUGCAUUUUGUAUUUAACCUUGACUCAACGAUUUCCCUAACCCAGAGUCAAGAAUGGCGGAGGGGAAGAGGAGAAUCGCCAUCGUCGGCGCCGGAAUGAGCGGCCUGCUCGCCUGCAAGCACCUGUCGGAAAUGGGGCUGGACCCGACCGUGUUCGAACACUCGAAUUCCGUCGGCGGGGUCUGGUCCCAGACCAUCGAAUCCACAAAGCUCCAAACCCCUAAAUCCCUGUACCAGUUCUCCGACUUCGAGUGGCCGGAUUCUGUGACGGAGACUUUUCCCGACCACAACCAAGUUCUGGACUACUUCCGAGCUUACGCGGCCCGGUUCGAUAUCGAACGGAGGAUCCGAUUCGGUUCCAGGGUCGUCUCCAUUGACUACGUCUCCCCCCAAUCUUCCCAAGACGAGAUCGAGAUGUCCACGUGGGAUUCGUGGUGCGGCGGCGUCGGCGCCGGGAAAUGGAAUGUUCAUGUGCAGAGCGGCUCCUCUGCCAUUGAGGUUUGCGAGAUGGAUUUUGUAAUCCUCUGCAUCGGGAGAUACAGUGGAUUGCCAAACAUCCCUGAAUUCCCAAUCAACCAAGGCCCUGAAAUCUUCCAAGGUCAGGUCAUGCAUUCCAUGGAUUACAGCGCCAUGGACGAUGCAGCGGCCGCCGAGCUCACGAAGAAGAAGCGGGUUGCAGUGGUUGGGUUCCAGAAAUCGGCAGUCGACAUUGCAGCAGAAAUCGCCAGCAGAAAUGGUGCUGAGUAUCCGUGUACUUUGGUGUUCAGAACCGUCCACUGGACAGUUCCAGAAGUGUUCAUGAAACACUCUGUGAAAAGCUUCAAUCGGUUGUCGGAGCUCAUGUUCCACAGGCCACGCCAAGGGUUCUUCCUAUGGUUGCUGGCAGUUUUGCUUUCCCCUCUGCUGUGGAUACAAUCGAAAGCAGCGGAACUCUACCUCAAGUGGAAGCUCCCAUUAAAGAAAUACAACAUGGUUCCGGACCACGGCUUCUUCAACCAGAUAUUCAGCUGCAUGUUCACCAUUCUGCCCCAACAUUUCUACGACAGAGUCGCCGACGGCAGCCUCGUCCUCAAGAAAUCUAGGAGCUUCAGCUUCUGCCAAAAGGGUCUGAUCCUGGAUCCUGAUCAAACGAGGAUUCCAGCAGAUAUCGUCAUUUUCGCGACAGGGUAUAAAAGCACCGAAAAGCUCAAGAACAUCUUCGGAUCAAUCUACUUCCAGCAGUACAUUACCAAAUCCACAUCUCCAUUUUACAGGGAAACCAUCCAUCCACGAAUCCCACAGCUGGCGAUUCUCGGCUACACGGACAGCGCGUCGUACUUGUACACGACGGAGAUGAGAAUCAAGUGGGUGGCUCAUCUGGUGGCCGGGAAGUUCAAGUUGCCGGCGGUGCGGGAAAUGGAAGAGGAGGCGAAGGAGUGGGAGAAUUGCUGGAGGGCUUACGCCAAGGAAGGUUACAAGAGCUCUUGCACGAGCGUCAGCUUGCCGAUCUUUUUCCACGAUCUGUUGUGCAGGGAUAUGGGCUUGAACCCAAGAAGGAAGAAGGGGCCUUUGAGGGAGCUGUUUGAGCCCUAUGGUCCAAGCGAUUAUAGGCAUUAGGUUUUUAGCCCAUUAGGAUUUGAAUGGUUAAAGAUGUUCUAGAAUUACUAUUCGUCGUUCUAACCUUAGAACGUAGUAUGUAAUUUACGUAAUUGAUCAAAUACCUAUCGGACUCUCCUCUACCACCCGCAGCUGCAACGUCGUUUGUCUCCCUCCGUCUGUAGAACUCACUGGGACUCUCCGAUAUCGCCUACCGCUUUCGAUGUCAUCUGUUGUAAAAUAUGCAAAAAGGACAACAACGUGUUACAGUGGUAUCUUCGAUCGAUGAACCGAUCGAGACUAAUCCAUAGGAGCGUUGAAGCUCUCCAGCUGCACCUGUUAUUUCUUAUAAAGAUGUGUUGGUCGUAGCCGAUGUUUACAUAAACAUAUAUAUCCCUUGUUACAGUAAGCAACUAGGGUUUCCAUCUCGGCGUUAGACGAGUUCGGGUUGGCCGAGUCCAGGUCGGACGUUGCAUGGGUUGCAUGGCGACUGGUUAUGGGCCGCGACUGUUGGGAUAGCGAGGCUCGAUCCAAUACUCUCCCCACAAGCUGGAGCGUGAAGAUUACGAACGUGCAGCUUUGGACAGCAAGAAGCGAAACCGAUCCGCACCAAGGCCUUUGGUGAAGAUGUCAGCAAGCUGGAUAUGAGAGCUUAUCUUGAGAGGGAGAACAUCACCGGACUAAACGUGCUCACAAAUGAAGUAACAAUGCAUCUCCGCGUGCUUAGUGCGAUCGUGGAAAACUGGGUUGGCGGAGAUAUGAAGAGUCGUCUGGUUAUCGCAAUAAAGUGGAGUAGGGCUAGACUGCGACACCCAAGCUCAUGCAGAAGCCACCUAAGCCACACGAUCUCACUACGGGACUGCCAUGACUCGAUACUCGGCUUCUGCAGAAGAACGAGCAGUAACACUUUGCUCUUUGUUGCGCAAGGAGACAGGAGCGCCACCCAAACUGAUGAAAUAGCCAGUGGUGGAGCAGCGAGUACGUUGGCAGCCACCCCAGUCCGCAUCACAAUAGGUCGUGAGAGAAAGGUCAUUAUGAGAAGGAAAGAAAGACCCUGAGCCGACGUGGUCUUAACUCUUAAGAUAACGAAGUAUGCGGUUAGCUGCAUCCAUAUGGUCCCGACGAGGAGCAAAUAAAAACUGGUCGAGAACAUUAACGCCAUAAGUGAGAUCAGGCCGAGUCAUAGUCAAUUAUAGUAAGCGGUCGACUAGAUGACGAUAAGUAGAAGGACUGACAAGAGUAUCCCCAGGGGCAUUCGGCCUAGUAAGAUGAUGAGUUUGUUCGACCUGAAACCCACUCGGUCCACCACCAGUAACGCCCGCAUCACUGAAAAUAUCCAGAGCAUAUUUGCGUUGACAUAAAGCAAUGCCAUAAGAGGUCCGAGCAAACUCCAUGCCAAGAAAAUAACGCAGGUCACCAAGAUCUUUAAUGCCGAACUGCGCAUCGAGAGACUGCUUGACCUUAAGCAUAAAAUUCAAGUCAUUGC